AGAAUUUGAAGAAGAUGCAGGAAAUGGACAGAGAGGAACUGAUGACUCCAGCGCUGAUCUUGAUGAUUUAAAAAACUGCUGAUUGGGCUCAGUUUUGGGUGCAGGUCAUGCGAGACUUGCGAGAUGGUGUGAAACUGAAGAAAGUUAAAGAACGUCAGUUCAAUCCUCUUCCCAUAGAGUAUCAGCUCACUCCGUAUGAGAUGCUGAUGGAUGAUAUUCGAUCCAAACGCUAUACUUUAAGGAAAGUUAUGGUCAAUGGGGAUAUCCCUCCACGAUUAAAAAAGAGUGCUCAUGAUAUUAUCUUGGACUUUAUCCGAUCUCGACCUCCAUUAAAUCCAGCCUCUGCAAGAAAACUAAAACCAACCCCACCAAGACCACGUAGCCUCCAUGAAAGAAUACUGGAAGAAAUCAAGUCUGAAAGAAAACUGAGGCCCGUCUCUCCUGAUGAGAUCAGGCGCAGCAGGCUAGCAAUCCGGCCUCUUAGCAUGUCUUACAGUUUUGACUUGUCAGAUGUAUCAACACCAGAGGCCUCCAAAAAUCUUUCAGAAAGCUGUCAGAAUGGCAGCUUUUCAUCAGAAGCAAAGGUGAAUGCAUUGGUGCUACUAAGUUGA